CCAGAUUCGACAGAAUAUGAAAGAGCAAUUUUCAUCGGCAAUCUCUUGUACAAGAAGUUGACUCCCAUUGCCGUCGUACAGCCUCGUAACACAGAGGAGGUCGUACAAAUUGUGGAUUUGGCGCGCACCAAUCAAAUUCGUUUAACUGUCAAAAAUGGGGGACACUCAUACGCUGGCUAUUGCCUCAAUGAUGGCGGCAUAGUUCUCGAUCUGGGCGCGAUGAAGAACGUUCGCAUCAAUGAACAGAGUACCGAGGUAACGAUUGAGGCGGGGUGCAUCUGGAAAGACGUGUACGCCGUACUUCAAAGAAAGGAUUUGGCGAAUAUGGUCGUGGGCGGGCAAUGCCCAACUGUUGGCGUAUCUGGUUUCACGCUCGGAGGAGGAUGUAGCACUUUCUCGCGCAGCUAUGGUCUAGGAAUCGAUAACGUUAUCGAGAUGACAAUCGUCACGGCUGCAGGAAAGGUAGUGAAGGUCCGGCGCGACGACACGAGCCCGCUGAAGAAGGAUCUAUUUUGGGCUUUAUGCGGUGGAGGCGGCGGUAACUUCGGCAUUCUCGUGGAAUUCAAGUCGCGUGUUCACCAGCUCUCAGACGCAAAUGGUCAAGUUGUGUGUGGCGAGCUCACAUGGGUGUUGGAUGACAAGGAAGCUCAGAGGGCGUACCUCCAAAUGAUGGAUACAUUCAAUACCCACGAGUGGCCAGAUGAGCUCACUGUCGACGCGAUCUGGCGUUACAACGAAAAUCAGCAGUUGCUCGGGCAGAUGACUGUCAUCUAUAAUGGCGACAGGACCCAGUGCCUGGAAGUGAUCGAUCCCUUGCUGAAGUAUAAUCCGGCAGGAGGAGCAAGUGACCUGGUAGAAAUGCCGUGGCGCAACUGGGUGGUUGUCGAGGAAGGUUUCGAUCACAGGAGCAAGGUGUAUCACCACCACUCGUCUUUCAUUUUUGGAUCCAUUCCCUCCGAGCUUACAAAGAGGAUCAUCAAGAUCAUGCAGGAUUCCAAAAAGCUCCUUGCAGGCGGUAAGGGAAAAGCUCACGUCCUAUGGGACCACAUCGGUGGGGCUACUGCUCGAGUGGGUUCCACGGAUACGGCAUUUCCAUGGCGGGAUGGUCUAUACGUCGCCAACAUCAAAGUCCAAUGGAACAGUCUGGAUAUGACCAAAAAAGUGAUCGACUUCAUGGAUGACUGCAGGAACCAACUCUCGCCGUUCAUUCUGAAAGGAAAAGCAGCCUAUAUUAAUUACAUCGAUAGGACCCUCCCAAACUGGACAGAGGCGUACUACGACGAAAACUAUCCUCGACUGCAAACAGUCAAGGCUCGAUGGGACCCCGACGAAUUCUUCAGGUUCGCGCAAAGCAUUCGA